UUGAGUAGAAGAAGUCACACGCAUGCACGCCAUAGCCAUAGCCAUAGCCAUAACAUUAAUCUUUUUACAAUCAUGCUCCGCUUCACAUCAAACUCCAAUCACUCUUUCUUCUUCCUCUUCUUCUGCAUUUUUUUCUUUCUCUUUUCGGCUUCUGCACCAACACCUUCAGAUGGCGUUGAAGAUGUUGACCAGGAGCGGUACGAGGAGGUGGUGGUGGUGCCGCCAUGGACGGCGAGGAGAUCAAUGGCGGAAGGUGCAAGUUUCAGGAAUGUGACUCUGGUGCUUGCUAAGGAGAGAACUCGCCGGCAAGAUUGGUUUAACGGUUUUAACCUUUACAACGGUGGCUGGAAUAUCAGCAACGCCCAUUAUCUAACGUCAGUUAUGUCCACUGCGGGUCCUUUUAUCGUUGUGGCUGUAGCCUGGUUCGUGAUUUUUGGAGUUGUUUUACUUAUCAGCUGUGCGUUAUGCUGCUGUUGUAACGGAGGAGAGUCAAGCGACUAUUCUAAAUUAGUCCAUUAUUUUUCAUUGUUCUUGCUUAUCCUCAGCACCAUUAUCACAAUAGGUGGAUGCGCUCAGUUGUACACCGGUCAGGGGAAGAUUGAUGGAAGCACUUCCGAGACACUUGAUUACGUUUUGAAUCGGGCACAAUUGGUGGCUGAAAACCUCAACACCAUAUCAACUUAUUUCGAUUCGGCUAAGCACAUUGUGAGUGAGCCUCCUCUGCCACUAGACAUAGAUCUUGGACCGAACCUUGAUGACAUCAAAUUCAAAAUCGACCGUGCUGCGGAUACUCUUUCCAACAAGGUUACCGCUAACUCAAAGAUCAUACGCAAAGUCAUAGAUGGAGUAAGACUCGCUCUCAUUAUUGUCGCUGUUGUUUUGUUCUUUGUCACAUUUCUCCGACUAUUCUUUUGCUUACUUGGGUUGCAGUGUCCCGUGUACUCCUUGGUAGUUAUUGGAUGGAUUCUUGUCACUUGUACCUUGGUACUUUGUGCUGCAUUUAUUUUUGUUCAUAAUAUGGCUGGAGAUACAUGUGUUGCGAUGGAUGAAUGGGUUGUGAACCCCACCGCCCACACUGCACUGGAUGACAUUUUUCCAUGCGUGGAGGAAAAAGCUGUUAUGGAAACAUAUUUAAAAAGCAAGAUGGUCACGUAUAAAAUCAUUGAAGAAUUUGACAAAGUCAUUUCCAACUUCACGAACGCAAAUCAAUCAGUCCCUCUUCUCUGCAAUCCAUUUAAUUCAGACCUAACAAGUCGCAACUGCUCUUCAGAGGAAGUCACAUUCCAAAACGCCACCCAGGUUUGGAAAAACUUUAAGUGCGAGGUUUCGUUGACCGAAAAAUGUAGGAGUGUAGGUCGUUUGACACCGAUCCUUUACACGAAACUGGGAGCUGCAGUGAAUGUGACGUACGGUUUAUUUCAGUAUGGGCCAUUUUUUGCUGACUUACUUGACUGCAAUUUUGUUCGGAAGACGUUCAAUGACAUUAGCAGAACUUAUUGUCCACCUCUGCGAAGAUAUUGUGAACAGGUUUAUUUGGGAUCAGUUUUGGUUUCUGCAGCAGUAAUGCUCUCUUUGGUAUCUUCGCUCUUCUUUGUCAGAGAGCAGUUCAUGUUUCUUCACAACAACCGUGUUUUUUAGUCAGAAAUUUUCCAGACUAAUCGUGUACAACAAAAAUUUUCCAGACUCGUGUAUAAAAACAAAAUUAUAUG